AUGGAUAUCAGGCAAAUGGAGCAUCUGAGGCAGGAAGCAAAUUCUUUGUUCAAGAAUCAGAGGAUAGAUGAGGCACUGGACCUUUACAAAAAGUCUUUUAUGGAAGGAAUGAAGUUUAUGGUACCUGGAUCCUGGAAUGGCCCUCUUGAGGAGCAGUUGUCUUUGUUAGCAUAUAAUAUUUGUAUAGUUUACUACAAAAGAAAGAACUUUCCAAAAUCGUUAACCUUUGGCCUUGAAUCGUUGAAGCGCUGCAAAAACGACAAGGUUUUACAUAAGAUAUGUACUAUAUAUCUCAGAAUGGGGAUGCUAAAAGAAUAUGUAGAGAUGUAUGAGCAGAUAGUAGAUAAAAGCUGUUGUAGAGAAAUUAAGGUCUUACUAAAUAGAAUGAAACUGGGUAGCCAAACAAUUGAGAAGUACCUAGAAAAUCGUAUUACACUGGAAAAGUUGUACGAGAUGUCCAAAGAAAUAUCUGAAGGGAGAUUCAUACCAGCAGAUGUAUUGGAGAGCAUUCUUGAGCAAGGAGAAAGUCUUUUACUAGGAUGUGAGAACGUUGUGUAUGUUGAAAGUAAAGGAGAAGUUCUAGUUUUUGGAGAUACUCAUGGACAAUACUUCGAUGUUGUGGGGGUUUUGAACAAGGUAUUUGAUGGAGAGAGGAUAUUUAUAUUUAAUGGGGAUUAUGUGGAUAGAGGAACACAUUCCGUGGAGAACUUUGUUCUGCUUAUCUCUCUGAAGAUUCUAUUUCCGGGAAAAGUUCAUCUUACAAGGGGAAACCAUGAGCUCAUGGAUAUAAACAAAGCCUAUGGGUUUUUCGAUGAGGUAAAAAGGAAGUAUCCGUUCAGUAGUGGUUCUGUGUACCAAAAGUUUCAGGCUGUGUUUAGAGCAUUACCCAUCUCAAUAAUCGUCAACGAGAAGGUCUUCAUAACCCAUGGGGGAUUACCAGGGACACCGACAAAAAUAGAUGAAUUACAAGAGUCGUAUAGAAUGACAGAUGCUCACACAGACGAGCUAUUAAAGGGUUUUUUGUGGUCGGAUCCUGAAGAGAUAACGGGAAUAGAAGAAAGUAAAAGGAGGGCCGGAGUGGUUUUUGGAAUAGACAUAGUAGACCAGUUCUUGCAAGGAAAUGGGCUGGAUCUUCUGGUAAGAAGCCAUCAAGCUAUUGAAAAUGGAUACAAAGUCAACCAUGAAGGAAAGACUGUAACUGUAUUUUCUGCACCUGAUUAUGAGGGUACUGAGAGCUCAGGGUCAUAUCUAGUUUUGUACCCUUCCAAUGGUAGGGAGGACGAGGUUGUCAAUGUAUCCCGGCUUACAAAAUAUAAAGUAGGAAGAUUUGGAAAAUCCAAGCCUGGAGAGACUCUAAAGCUCUCAUAUGAUUAA